AUGAGUUUAAGAAGAAGAAAAUUUAUUUUAUUGUCUUUUGUUUUCUUUGUGGUGGAACUGGUAGUUGGAUAUGAUAAUAUUAUUAAUAAUUAUAGGAAUAUAUCAAGAGAAGUAGUAUAUAAUAAGAAUAUUGUGAUAAAUAUAAAAUUAGAUAAUAAUAUUUAUAAGAAUAAAACAAAUAGUAGAAUAUUAAAAGAAAAUAAAGAAGAAUCCCUUGAAGCUGCUGCUGUUAAUGAGAAAACAAAAGAAGAUGUAAAAGAAUCUUGUAACUAUCAUACAUCCUCAUCAGUAUUUAAUAAUGAUAAAGAGAAUACAUCAAGUUUUAUAAAAACUGGUGAAUCAUAUGAAGGAAAUAAUAUACAAGGUCAAGCUCAAGCAGAAGCAGAAGGAAGUAUAGAAAAUGCAUCAUUAAAUUUAAGAACAAAGAAUGGAACAUUAAUAAAUGAUGAUAUGUUAGAUUAUUAUUUAAAUUUUUGUGAUCAAGUAAAUAAUAAAACAUUUCCAUUUAAUGAAUGUACAAAAUUACAUACAUCAGAUAUGGUAACAUUAUGUAAAAACAAUAAUGAUGAGAAAAGUAAAAUAACAUAUGAUUUAUUAGGAUAUGGAGAGAUGGAUGAUGUGUCUGCUUAUUCUUUAAGUUAUGCUUUAAAUGAUGUUGAGACUAUUAAAGAUUGGAAUAAAAAUAUAUAUAAAUUAAAUUAUUUGAAUUUAAAAAAAUCUGAUAUUCAAGAAAAGAUUGAUAAAAAUGAAAAAAUAAAUGUGAAUAAAUAUAUUUUACAAAAUGAAAAAGAUGUUCCAGAAGAUGAAAGAAAAUAUUUAUAUCUUAUAAAUGGACUUCCAUGGCCAUUUAAAAGUCAAGAUACUAUAUAUGAAGUAUAUCAAAAAUAUUAUAAUAACAAAAAUAUGUUAUUAAUUAUAAAUAAAUCUUUAAAUGAUGUUUUUGAUAAUAAUAGUAGUUAUGCUAGAAUUAAUAACUAUGAAAACUUUUUCUGUAUCUAUCCUAAAAGUAAAAAUUCUUAUGAUAAAGGAGUUAAAUAUGUUAUGUCAAUUAUUUAUGAUGUUAAUAUUCCUAAAUUUAUUCAAAAUAAUAUACUUAAUCAAAUUUUUCCAGAUCUUAUAUUUAACUUACAUAAUACAUCUAUAGCUAUCACAGAUAAAACUGUAGGCACAGUUGUAGACUUGUCAAAAAGUGAACAGAACGCUUGGCAUGCACAUAGUUUAAAAGAAGUCAAGCCAUCAGAUACUCCAAUUGUUGAAAAUAUAUCAACUGAACAAGAAAAUUCUUAUGGAAUGGGUUUUAUUAAAAUGAUUUUUGUUGAUGGACCUUAUAAUUUUUGGAUUAUCAACGUUAACUUUUUUAAAAAAAUAUUUGGUUUGUUUUUUAAUACGCAAUAA